AUGUCUAUUCACGAGGCCGCUCCAAUGUUUGAAUUUCACCAUUCUCCGCAAAAUUUCGAUCCUCGAGGAGUCUCAGAAGUCAACUCAGACACCGUCUAUCGCCUAGCGAGCAUGACAAAACUAUUCACUGUCCUCAGCCUACUGAGGAUUGACGGCAUCAACCUCGAAGAUCCUAUCACCAAGUAUCUUCCUGAACUUCGCGAUAUCCACAAGGAGGCAUCGGCACAAGACACAAUCCAUGUUGUCGACUGGGAUAGCAUUACGCUGGAAGCCCUGGCUGCGCAUCAAGGAGGAAUAGGCGCCGACUAUCUUGUAAACUUUCCCGGCGAUUGGACGGCAAAAGGCCUUUUACCAGCCGAUAACACAACGCGACUUCAAUGCUCCGGGUUUUUCGGGCUAAGACCUUGCAAUAGAAAAGAUUUCUUUGACAAUUUUGGCAAACGCCCGCCAGUGUACGCGCCAUUCACAACGCCGGUCUAUUCGAAUAUUGGGACAACUCUGCUGGGUCUUGUCAUCGAGAGUGUAACUAACCACACUUACCAGGACUGGAUCCAGCAGAGUAUCUUCGAUCCAAUCAAGAUGAAUCGAUCUUUCUUGUCAAGCCCGCCAGAGUCGCAGGGGUUCAUCCCCAUUAACAACAUCGAUUGGUCGGUUGAGCUUGGUGUCGAGGCUCCCACUGGCGCGAUAUUCUCAACCAUAUCUGACCUCAUGGCGUUUGGCAAAGCGAUUUUGAGCUACGAGAUGCUCUCCCCUGUGAGGACUCGCAAGUGGAUGAAGCCUUUGGCAUCGACCUCUUCGAUUAGCACCCUCGUCGGUGCCCCGUGGGAAAUCUACAGAACUAAUAACGUAACCAAAGACGGCCGUAUGAUAGAGUUUUAUACGAAAGCUGGAGACCUUUUCUCCUACCACUCUGUUAUCGCUCUGAUUCCGGAUUACGACUUGGUGAUGGUCGCCCUUGUGGGUGGACCCGAAGUGUCUGGCGCGACAACCUACCAACUGAUUGGAGAAGCAUCAACCGCUUUGCUGCCCGUCAUUGAAGCGGCCGGUAAGGCCAAAGCACAUAACCAGUAUGCAGGGACAUAUACCGACCCCUCGACCAACUCGUCUCUUAUACUGUCCCUCGAUGACGGUCCUGGUCUGAGCGUCACAAAAUGGCAAGUUCGUGGAGUGAAUGUAAUUGAAACACCCUUGUUAGGCGAAUCUCCAGCCAUACCGCCACGAGUUCGACUGUACCCCUCGAACCUUUCCACCAGCAACCAAACAGCUUGGAGGGUUUUGUUUGAUGGCAGUGCUGAUGAGGCUGCUGCGGAGGACGCAUUAUAUCCGUGGGAUCAGUUCAGCUGUAGCUCGUGGUCGACGCUCGACAAACUUGUUUAUCAGUUCCAGGCUCAAGAUCUAUUCAUUUUUGGUAUGACAGAGGAGGACGGAGGCGAUUACAAGGCCAUCAAGAUCAAUCUUCCAGCUUACCAAGUGGAACUGGCUCGCGUAGUCGAGUAA